AGAGGCAAAGGCAUGGGUUUCCCACGCUUCAGGCAGCAUUUGAUUCGGAGCUAGCUGUCAGGAUACUAACCUGUUAGUGUUGUGCAUCUCGCAAGACUCCGUAAACGUGAGAAAUUUGGAAUCCACCACCUGCCAGGUUUCGGCAUCUGUGAUUGGCUGAGAUGCUGCAGCGACUCUCAGAGACGGUUUCUCAGUCAGGGUUGAGGGAGGGUAUAAAUAGGGUAGGCACGUUAGAGAGAGCAUCAGAUACAGUUUGACUCCCGCACCGGCAGCACUCAAUAUUUACACAAUAUUCAACAAGUAGAAUGUCGAAGAUAUCAGCGAAAAAUAACAAACAGUUCAUCAGCAAUAACAAGAAGAAGUUCACGAUGUACUCCUACAAAUCGAAAGUGUCACCGACUCGUCGGCUUACAAAUAUUCUCAAGCCGCUGCUUGGCCACUUUUUCAAGCUAAAGGCAAAGCAGCCGAAGCGAAGCUCCUAUAUCGCUUCGGAUGAAAAGGAAUCUGAGUUCGACUGGCUAAACAACGAUAUGGACAAUAUGUCGAACGAGCACCUCGAAAAUCGGCUCAUCGAGGAGAUCAGGCAAUGCGCCAAAGAGGAUGCGAUCGUUGUCUACAACGAAGACGGAUCCGGCGAACUACAAACAUUCGAUCAAGGAGAAUACUAUGUGCCCGUACACUUUGCACGCACCAAUGGCGGCACAUUCUUCUGGACCUCUCUGCAGCCCAAGUCGGCGAAGCCCUAUGACAUCGAGUGGAACUUCCACGAUCGCUGGGCACAAGCCUGAAGGACACACUUAAGCAAAUAUGGGUUCUAAAUUCUUCAAGUCUGGGCAUGGCUUCAGUAGGUUGGGUAGAUAGGCCUGCGGUCUUCGAAUCAAAGUUCGAAUGAGGUUCGCACUUCGACUUUGAGCUCAUCAGCGGGGCAGACUGUACACUAUGGAAGCAUUUCCCUGAAAUUAAUGUAUUGGCUUUGCAUUAUAAAUGAUUGUUUAAAAUGUUUAAAGCGCUAGCAACACAUUAAUAUUAGCACAGUUGAUCGAUUCGUUCUUUUACCUAUCGUAAAAGUAUA